AUGGUUACACUUAAACUAAUCUUAGCUAUCUCUGCCAUAAAAAAUUGGCAUACUCUUCAGUUGGACAUCAAUAAUGCCUUCCUCAAUGGUGAUUUAAAUGAGGAAGUAUACAUGACUAUUCCCCCUGGUUUAUUAAUUCCACCUUUUUUGAAUGCAGGUACUCAACCGGUUUGCAAACUUCACAAAUCCCUUUACGGUCUUCGGCAAUCUUCACGGCAGUCGCACACUAAGUUGACAGAAGCUCUACUGCAUGAUGGUUUUACCCAAUGCAAGGCAGAUUACACCUUAUUUACAAAAGGCAAAGAGACGUCUUUCAUUGCCCUCCUAGUUUACGUUGAUGAUAUAAUCAUUACUGGACCAGACUUACACCAAUUACACCAAAUACAACAAACUCUUCACACCCAUUUCAAGCUUAAAGCUCUGGGACCCUUGAAGUACUUUCUUGGUUUCGAGAUAGCCCGCUCCUCUGCUGGUCUUUUUCUUUCUCAACGACAGUACACUCUUCAACUACUACAAGAUACAGGAUAUUUGGGCAGCAAACCUGCUGCCACACCUAUGGAUCCACGGGCAAAACUUGACUCCACUUCUGGCCAGCCCUUACAUGAUCCUUCCCAGUUCAGAAGACUUAUUGGAUGCCUCCUUUACCUCACUCUCUCAAGACCUGACAUCACCUUCGUUGUUCACUACCUUAGUCAGUUUAUGUCAGCUCCUCGCACUCCCCAUUUACAAGCAACGCAUCAUCUUCUCCGAUAUUUGAAGUCCAAACCGGGGCAAGGCCUUCUCUACCCAUCUUCUUCUUCCCUCAACCUUAGAGCUUUUUCAGAUUCUGAUUGGGCUUCUUGCCCCAUCACAAGACGGUCUACUACAGGAUUUUGUGUCUUUUUAGGAGAUUGCUUAAUCUCUUGGCGAUCCAAGAAACAACCUACGAUUUUGAAAAGUUCUGCCGAAGCUGAGUAUAGGGCGUUGGCUGCCACUGCAAGUGAAAUUACUUGGCUACAAUAUUUUCUUGAUGCUUUCUGUUAUCCAGUAAAUUAG